UUAAAUAUAAAUUUUAAUCUAAUACAUCAUCUAUACUAGCAGAACCGCUGCGUUUCAUCAUCGUCAUCACUUGCAGAUUUUCAAAACACAUCUCCAUUUCCGUGUUUGGAUCAAACGCUUUUAAUUUCUCUGCGAUUUUUCACACAAAUCCGCUGCUUUGAAUCUAUCAGUAGCAAAAACCGCUGCGUCUCAUCAUCAUCACUUACAGAGAAACCACUAAUGCCUGCUGAAAACACCUCCAACCGGGUCGGGUUGGUCCUAUCCACCACCAAUUCCAUUCGGGUUUUCCUUUCCGGAGCCUCCAACGACCACACUCUCUCCUCUCAACACCGACAAACUUCCUCCGAUCUCCUCCUCCAAUCCCAAAUACCGUACGAGCCACUUCGCGCUGUCUGGAUCGCCUCUGAUCCAUCUACCAGACCCGAAUUGACCCCACUCCUAUCCGGUACCGCCUUUGUCUUCUCAAGCCCUAAACCCAGAGAAAAGAGUGAAGAAUUGAAAGCGAGGUUAAAAAAGUUGGAAGAUUUAGCUGAGAGGAAAGCAUAUAAGGAGCUUGUUAAGGAUAUUGCACCAAAGGAAGAUGUUCAGGAGCCUUUCUCUUCUUACAAAGAUCAAUUAGGAUUUGGUUUGCAUGUUAUUGUUACAAUGUUUACUGGCUAUCUUGUUGGAUUUGCAGCAUUUAGAGCUCUGUUUGAUCACAGUCCUGCCAUGAAUGCUGCUGGAGGAAUUCUUGGGUUGGUGGGUGCCAUGCUUGUUGAGACUUUUCUUUUCAUUAUUAGAAGUUCCAAUCCAGAUGGCAACAAAACAGGAAAGCCCAAUCAAAAAUCCAGAUCGUCCUUUUCCACAUCCAGUCUCAAGAAAAACCUAUAGUUACGAUCAAGAUGGUUUGUUUUUCAGUUAUGCAUAUAAUACCAAUAAUACAAAAUUUUAUAGUGUAGUUCAUUGUAAUUGUAAACACUUCUCUCAGUAAUAGAUAACUUAGAAAUGGCUGUUGCAUGAUUUAUCAUUAAGGGCCUUCCUGAAGGGUGUGAGUAUUGUGUCUGAAAAUUGCAUCUACAUGUACCUUGUACUACCAGAAGCUAUUUUGACCCAUCUAUGUGAUUUUUAGGACUAAGGUAGUUUUAUGCUUUGACCUCAACCAGAAAUGACUUGAAGAACAACUUACUAUCUUUCCCUGCAACACACUGAAUAAACUAGUAUCAAUUCUUUUUGAACUGACA